CAUCCUUUCCUUUCCUUUCCUGUAAUAUUAGCACACUCACAACAGACCUGCUUGAAAUUUCUCCGGACACCGGUUAUAAUCUCAGCCCUUUCCCAAAGCCCACGAUCUCUCACCUAAUUUAGCUUCACAUUAUUAUUUUCCAUCUCUCCUCUCCUUCUCUCUCUCUUUUCUUCUACAAAAUUUAUUCAUAAAUCAUACUCACGUCGGGACGGGACAUUUCUCGGCCAAUUUGUUGGUUGAGAUGAAGAUGGUUUUGGAAACGAUGAUUUGCUGUUGAAGAAGUGCAGUGUAUUCGGCUUCUUUCUUGUUCUUUUGGUUAUCGCUUGUUGGAAAUGGGCUGUUUUCAUUCUAAAGUUGCUAGACAGCCCCCUGGACAUGAAGACCCUGUAGUUCUCGCCUCACAAACUGCUUUUAGUGUCAGUGAAGUUGAAGCGCUUUUCGAACUAUUCAAGAUGAUCAGCAGUUCUGUGGUUGACGAUGGGUUAAUAAGCAAGGAAGAAUUUCAGUUGGCUCUCUUCAAGAACCGAAAGAAAGAGAAUCUCUUCGCCAACAGGAUAUUUGAUCUGUUUGAUGUCAAGCACAAGGGAGUCAUCGAUUUUGGUGACUUUGUUAGAUCCCUCAAUGUAUUUCAUCCAAAUGCUCCUCAAGAAGACAAGAUCAAUUUUGCAUUCAAGCUUUAUGAUCUUGAUAGUACUGGAUUUAUUGAGCGCCAAGAGGUCAAGCAAAUGCUGAUUGCACUUCUGUGUGAAUCUGAAAUGAAAUUGGCUGAUGAAACCAUUGAGAUCAUACUUGAUAAGACUUUCAUGGAAGCUGAUGUGGACCAGGAUGGCAAAAUAGAUAAAUCUGAAUGGCAAAAUUUCGUUUCCAAAAACCCAUCAUUGUUAAAGAUCAUGACCCUUCCGUAUUUGAGGGAUAUUACAACGACUUUUCCAAGUUUUGUUUUUAAUUCAGAAGUUGAUGAGAUUGCUACGUAAUUGAAACAGGAAUUAGCAUAGAAAAUUUGUGUGUUAUCCUCCUGUAUUUGAUUUUUGAAAUUGAAGGGAACAGUGCUUUGAUGCGUGACUGAGUACAUACUUAGUUGAGUACUCAGUUAAAAUUUGAAGCUUUGUGAUGGAAGCAAUAUAUUAUUUGUGUAGUUAUUUCCCAAAUGUUAAAAGGUGUAGGUUUAGAUUGAUUUGAUUAUUUUCUUUUUUCUUCGUUUAUUUCUGGUGCAUUAAUUUGAAAUACGAAGUGAUUCAAAGGAUGUUGUAUAAAAUGUAGAUGUGUGUCAUCCCAUAAAUAGUAUUCAUUUAGUACACUCUUUGACACAGUUAUUUUCAGCCCAAUUUGUAC